CAUGGCAGAGGCUGUGGUCAGUCUUCAUUUGACUUGGAAUGGUUUCAAAUCGCAAACAGCCGCGCUUAACCUGAACACCCAUUCAUCAAGCAUAUCCAGUGGAUCGAUGUUACUCUAAUCUUUGAAGCUGCACUGUCAUAUAUACACAGGCUUGAAGACAUGAUCACUAGCACCGGUAUUUAUGGCCUAAAGAUGCAGUGGACCCCAGAGCAUGCACAGUGGGCCGAGCAGCACUUUGAUAUCUCCUCCACCACACGCUCUCCUGCACACAAAGUGGAGGCCUACCGGGGGCACCUGCAGCGCACCUAUCAGUAUGCCUGGGCCAACGACGACAUCUCUGCACUCACCGCCUCCAACCUGCUGAAGAAAUACGCAGAGAAGUACUCUGGGAUUUUAGAGGGUCCGAGUGAGCGAGCGCUGCUCUGCUCCUAUUCCGAUGGCACUCCUGGACUCCUGAAUGGACGUAAGUCAGAGAGUGAGUCCUGGCAGGAGGGGAUUUACCCAAUGAACUGCGCUCCAGAUGUUUUAUCUGUGAGCAAAUCUGGAAUGACAGCUGCCCUUCCCCCAACAGACGUGUCGGCCAGCAUAGGUAGCACCCCAGGGGGGGCCAGCAGCCUGACCGAGCCCAGCUAUUCCAGCAGUAACUGUGGGAGUCACACAGCCACCAGUCUACACUCUGGUCUGUCCUCUCAGGAAUACGCUACGGCCUACAAUGGCUCCUACCUGCACUCUAGUUACAGCGGGCAGACCGCCUCAGGCCUCCCCUCUCCAUUGCACAAUGCUGGUCUCCUACAACCCCCGCCCCCACCCCCACCACCUCCCCCUACUCUAGUGCCCAGCUACAACGCGGGGUCUCCCAACCUCUCCAGCUACAAUUAUCCUCCGACAGGGUAUCCCCCACAGACAGCUGUUGCCCCUAGCUAUAGCCCUGGGGGAGCCCCACCUCCCUCUGCCUAUCUGCCAUCAGGCAUCGCAGCUCCCACGCCCCUACCCCCCUCUACACUCCCUGGCUAUACCUACCAGUCCCAUAACCAUGCACCAAUUGCACCAACACCUUUGAAUGGCAGCUCAGCCAACUCAUUGAAAAGAAAAGCUUUCUACAUGACGGGGCAUGGAGAUAUGGACUCCAACUAUAGUAAUUUCAACUACAACCAACAGCGCUCCUCACAAAGCCCUAUGUACAGAAUACCAGACAACAGCAUCUCAGACUCAAGCAGAGGGAAUGGAUUUGACAGGAAUGCUGAUCCGUCUUCUUUAGCAUUUAAGCACACGAAGCAGCCAAUAUCCUCAGAUCAGCAAAGAAAAUGUUGCAGUCAGUCUGGCCGAGCAUUAACCCCUCCCUCCUAUGGAUCAACCAAAAGCUCUGUGGGAGGCCUGAGAUCGGGCGAGUCCUUUGGAAAGUUUGGAACCCCCAUAAUGAAUGAGCACAGUGAAGAGCAUAGACAGCUCCUCUCCCAUUCCAUAGCCGGGUCGGACAUUGGCAGCGCUACCUCAUCCAGCCACACUGCAGAGGAGCAGCUGAAGAACAGUGAUGCCAACCUCGUGGAGUUGGUCACCACAGAGAUCCUUCAGCCCGGUCCCCCAGUAGACUGGAAUGACAUUGCAGGUCUGGAGCUGGCCAAAGCAGCCAUCAAAGAAGAGAUUCUGUGGCCCAUUUUGAGGCCAGACAUGUUCAGUGGACUUGCCACAUUACCUCGGAGCCUCCUUCUCUUCGGACCUCAGGGAACAGGCAGAACACUGCUGGGCCGCUGCAUGGCCAGCCAGCUGGGGGCUGCCUUCCUGCGGCUCAGUGGCUCAGCCCUGGUGACCAAGUGGCUGGGAGAGGGAGAGAAGAUUGUCCAGGCCUCCUUCCUGGUAGCCAGGUGUCGCCAGCCCUCAGUGGUGUUCAUCAGUGAGGUGGACAUGCUGCUUUCGGCCCAGCUCAGCGAGGAGAGCCCAGUGAAUAGGAUCAAGAGCGAGCUCCUCCUGCAGCUGGACAGUGUGCUGACCUCAGCCGAGGAUCACGUCCUGGUGGUCUGCUCCUCCAGCAAGCCUGAGGAGAUCCAAGAGUCCCUGAGGAGGUACUUCACCAGACGGCUUCUCAUCCCCCUACCUGACAGCACAGCACGACACCAGAUAAUCAGCCAACUGCUCUCACAGCACAACUAUUGCCUCAGUGACAAAGAGUUGUCACUGCUGGUCCAGCGGACGGAGGGCUUUUCGGGACUGGACGUGGCUCGGCUGUGCCAUGAGGCAGUAGUAGGACCGAUACAUGGCAUCCCAGCUUCUGACCUCUCAGCCAUCCAUCCCAGCCAAAUGAGACCAGUCUCUUACCAAGACUUUGACAAUGUAUUUAGCAAAUUCCAGUCCAACAUAUCACAAAAAGAACUGGACACAUACACCGAAUGGAAUAAAAUGUUUGGUUGCAGUCAAUGAAACUGAAGCAUUCGAAACACGCGGGAAGGAAACCCCUUUCAGAAGGAUACCAUUUAGAAUUCUCAGUAAACAGGAAGUGGACAAGAGAAUAAUACAGGUCGUGGUGACUUUAACACCUGCAGUACAGUAAUGGCGUAAAGGUAGGCCUUAGAGAAGCAGAGGCAUGCUUUACACAACGGCUGGCAAUCUGCACACAACACAUAGAGAAAUAUUAUUUUGAUGCUUGAAACGGAUGAGGCCAAGCAUCGCCUACCAAGGUGCAAGUGGGUAGACUUUAACAGGAUGGAACCCCUGUGUGUAUAUAUCAGUUUGCUGUUCUGGAGAUUUAGUUGCUAUCAAGUGCCUGAAGUGGUGCUCUUUUAUUUUAUAAUAUUAUCUCUUCGCCUCACAAUCUACAUUGAUGGCAUGUGCUAAUAUAAAAAGCUUUAAUAUGAGACAAAAACUACAAAAUUGCUUUUUUCCAUUGAAACAGUAUUCCUCAACUGUGUCUGUUUUGCGCUCUCUGUGGACAGUAGAAAGUACAUGUGUUACUGGUAAUCUGAACCCUAAUUUAUAGACAUCAUUUAUUUUGAUGUUCUCUCUUUAUGAAAACUCAGGAAAGUGAUUGUGAUAUGUACAGUACCUCAAAGAUUGUUUCAAAGCACUAAACAUUUGGCUUGCGUUUGAAUUUGCAUUAUCAAAAAUGGAGGGUUUACGGUUCCUCGAAAGGCUAAAAAUGAGUAUGACAUUGAAUGUACCAGAGUGAUUCUGGAGUAUUUGGAAGACAAAAGGAGAAGUGUCGUGUUUUUCUUUGCAAUUUCCCAAGUGAAGAAUCCUAUUGUGAAUAUAGUUUUAUUUGAUAUGUGGCAAAGAUGGAGGAAUGACGAUUCUUUGAUAAACUACAACACAUUCGACUGGCCUUCAUCGACCGGCCACAGUACAUUAAGAGAACACAUUUUAGGAUGUACGUUUUUGCUAAACCCCAUCUGUAGGAGAAAGCAUAGCAUAUGUAUUUGUUGAAUAUUAUUCAGCAGCUUAAAUUUGUAUCUCAUCUGCAGAUAAAACUGUCCGGCCACUUGCGGAGAAAUGUGUUAAGGCUGAAAACGAGCCUCAUGAGGUUGAAACAGACCGUUUCCCCCAAGGUAUUUCAUUCCAUCCCGCUGCUAUUUUAUCACGAAUGAAAACGAAGGAUUAUGUUUUCUACCUCCAGUUUAUUCGUUUUCUCUGAAAGCAGAAUCCGAGGGUAUGGCAAGAUGACAGAGCCUAUUUCGCUCAUUAAACUAUGAAGCCUUUUGAGGGAACAAAAAAGCUGCCUUGCUGACAACAAAAUCAGCUUAAGUUAGUGUUACGCCAGUGUCGUCCCCAUUCAUAGGCACCUAUAUACAUGGAGUAUUCAUUUCUCGGAACAUGAGCAGGGUGGUCUUGAAAAGGGGUCUGGAGACGUGUGGCCGUUAUCCCUAUCUUUAAGCCCUUGUUCUUAGGGUCCUUUCUUACAGCAAAGCUAUGUUGUUACUAACUAUCAGUGUUUAGUAAUGUGCCAGAAAAGGGGCAAUGGAGACACAAGGCCUGAUGAAUGCAUGAAAAAGCCUUGCAUUUGUUUUUUGUUUUUUGUCCCCCCCCCUACAGUACCACUGAAAGUAUUAUCAGUACAGCGCAACUGCACUGCGUUUUAGUUCACCCGCAUUCCAACGUGAUAUUUUCCCAAUUUGUGUCUCAUACGUCUUAUAUUUACAUACGUCUUAAAUUGUUUUGACUCUUACUCAGCUUAUUGUGUUUACAAUGACAACAUAUAUAUUGUUCACCUCCAAUGGCGGCACUUACUGGGCAACAGGAGGCUGUAGAAUCACUGGCUGUCUAUGACUGUUUCAUGUUCUAGUGUAGUCUUAUGACAAACGUUAAGCUGGCAACAGCUGCUUUUUCAGUUACACAAUUAUAAAGAAUAACGGCUGCACAAGAAACAGCACUUCAACAAAGCACCUACGUUGAUGAAGGGCCCCAACAUGUCUUUCAUUUGUUCUUUGUAUCCUAUUUUGCUAUAUGGCUUUUAUUGCCAUAGAUAGAUGGGAUAAAAGUCCCCUAAAGUUAAAGUGUAGUUAACCAAAUGCGCUUUUGAAGCUUUGUUUUGUCAUACAACAAUUUGUUGUCAAGUCUCCACUUGAAGCCAAAGUGAAAUCAACAGUUUUAUUUUGACAUAAGAUAUUUAAACCGAAACUGGCAAUUACUUUCUUUAAUAGCGAGUUAAGCAAUUUUGCUUAUGCCAAUAGGGCAUGUUUAUUCAUGAAUUUAAGGCAAAGCAAUUAAACAUAUUGAAACGAGCUGUUCAACAAGUUAUUUAUACAUUACAAUACACUACAUUACACUAAUUAUACGAGCAGUAGAACAGGAAAAACGAAGGGAUGAGAAGAAAAACUUCACUAACAUCCAAACAAAUACAGUUUCUCAAAGUCAUUUCGUUUGGAGGGCAACAAUGUAAAGGAUAGGCCUUUAAGUACAACGAACUGGCUACGAAAAGGUUGAUAAGCACAUCUAUUCUCCUUCGCGUCUGACAACGUUAAUCACUUGAAUGUUGCUUUCCAGCCUGUAUCACUUGUCCCUCUGGGUGGGUUCUUGUUUCCCGAGCUGCUCUAGACGUCGGCUUCAUCUUUAUGUCGUUCUUAUCCGUUAUCCUAUUUAAACGUUUGUUCUUUAUAACCAUUUCUACCUCAUUGCUACAUAUUGUACAUGUAGUACUUACGUUCUGUCUUUUUUGAAUGUCAUGCAUUUGUACAAAAAUAAAGAAACAAAAACAACGGCGGCGACAACAACAACAACAACAACAACAAAACGCUAAAAGAAAAAGAAAUGGACCAAAAAAUGAACAGCUUUACCUCCGAAAGACAGUCCUUACACCAGAACAGUAUUAUCAGCAGAACUGAGAAGACACAUUAGUGAGUGUGAAGUUGACGCUGAUGCAUACAUGAGAUACUGACUUCUAUGGGAUAUAUAGGCACUCAUAAUGCCACAUUUCUGCAAGUAUAUUGUGGGCUGUAUAGGUCUUUCUCUAGGGUCUCCAAUGCAAAUUCCGUUUUUAAACUAGAAUGUACUUUGCUUUAAUAUUUUGUGAACUGUUGUAGUGCGCAUGUUAAUGUGUCUUUGUGUGCACUUACAAUUCAAUGUGUAAGUGUGUUGGGUUAACAUAUUUAGAUAUGUGAAAUUACAAAUUUAUACAUUUCAUACAUAUGUACAGGAAAUAAACUUGCACAUAUGUGUACUCAAUGUACAUUUGCUAUUGAUAUAUACAUAUUAAAAUGCACCACAUACAGUACAGUACAUGUUUAUAUGUGUGUAUGUAUUGCCAUACCUACAGUAAACGUCAAUGUAUUUUCAUCUAUUCCAAGGUACAGUACAACAACAACAAAAAAAACAUAAAAUAUUGAAUAAAGAUGUUUUUUUUUUCUGGAAACCAAAUGUGUUUUCUUUUGUCUCCACUCUCUCAUUGGUUAGACUCGAUUGAUUAGAUGUGCGGACGUGUCCAUGUUCGCGAUGUGUGUUGACAAUUUCAGUUCUGACAUUGAUAAUGUUAGUCAAGAGACAUGACAUUUUGGAAACGUCAGUUAUUUAUUGUAUAACACCCAUACAAUGCACAACACGCGAAGCUCUCUUGAGGCAAUUCGUCUCUAUUUAUUUUCAAGGUUUCUGUGUCUUAAUAGAAAAUUGCCUCGACUGUGUAAUUGUAAUCCUUCCAUUAACCAAAUGUGUUGUUUUUCAGUCAUUAAAAUGUUAUGAUCACAGGAAAGGAGAGGGAUUAUACAAUCACACCCCUCGGUUCGUAGCUCCACACUGUGUCUCUUUAUGUAAAUUGCACAUUUAU